GAGUUUCCCACAGUCCCACUCUCACAGCUCACUUCCCUCCCUCUCCUCCCCACUUCACCGACCGUUACCUCUCUCUCUCAAAACCCGGUGCGCAAGCAGAGCUCUCUGUUUCUCUUUCUGUCUCUUCUCUCUCAUAAUGUCAUGUUUUUGGUCUCUAACGUCUUCUUUUCUGGCCACUUUUCUCUUCCUUUACUCUGCUACUUUCUUUUCCUUUUCACACGGGGAUUCUCGCUCUUCACCCCUCCAAACUCUGCCCACUGCAGGUUGGGAAAAUGAAGGAAAAUAUGGUGUGGAUCACUCGCAGGGGAGUUGGAGGUCUCUCGUGGAGGGUCCCACUGCUGCACCUAUUGAAAGCUCAUCAUAUGUCUUGGCUUCAAAGAGAACAUACCGAAAAGACCCUCUCAAUGGGUUCAAAAAGUACACCAAAGGAUGGAAUAUCAGUGAGCGCCAUUACUGGGCUUCUGUGGGUUUUACUGCAGUUCCCUUGUUUGUCAUCGCUGCAGUCUGGUUCCUUGCACUUGGAAUGUGCUUAUGUCUCAUCUGUGUCUGUUCUUUCUGUCGUAAAAGGGAGCCUUAUGGCUAUUCCAGGACGGCUUAUGCUCUCUCUCUUAUCUUCCUCGUAAUCUUCACUAUUGCAGCCAUUGUUGGAUGCGUUGUUUUAUAUGCUGGUCAGGGGAGGUUCCACAGUAGUACCACGAAUACAUUGGAGUAUGUCGUGGUUCAGGCAGAUUUCACAGUUGAGAAGCUUAGAAGUGUGUCUGGUUAUCUUGGUGCAGCUAAGCAGAUUGGAAUAGAUCGAAUUUUUUUACCUACAAAUGUUCAAACUGAUAUUGACCUGAUUGAAACAAAAAUUAAUUCUUCUGCUAGUACCCUUGCUGACCGAACAGUGAAGAAUUCAGACGACAUUCGCGAUCUCUUGGAUUCUGUGAGACUGGCACUCAUCAUAAUCGCAGCUAUUAUGCUUGUCUUGACAUUUCUUGGACUCUUAUUCUCAAUAUUUGGCAUGCAGUCUCUUGUUUACAUCCUGGUGGUCGCUGGGUGGGUACUUGUUACAGGAACAUUUAUCAUGUGCGGCAUAUUUCUUCUCCUACACAAUGUAGCUGCAGACACUUGUGUUGCAAUGGAUGAAUGGACUCAAAAUCCUACUUCUCAUACAGCUUUAGAUGAUAUACUUCCAUGUGUGGAUACUGCAGCUGCACAAGAGACAUUGAUGCGGAGCAAGGAAGUCACUUCUGAGCUUGUCAAUUUACUUAACGAGGUCAUUACCAAUGUCUCGAACUUAAAUUUUGCCCCCAACUUCACACCGUUGUACUACAACCAAUCCGGCCCGAAGAUACCCCUCCUAUGUAACCCAUUUUAUUCCGACUUGACGGAUCGAGCUUGCACUGCUGGUGAAGUGGACUUGACCAAUGCAACAGAGGUUUGGAUGAACUAUGUCUGCCAAGUUUCAGCAACCGAGAUAUGUGUCACAACAGGGCGUUUGACCCCGACCUUCUACAACCAGAUGACUGCCGGAGUAAAUGUUAGCUUUGCCUUGUAUAAUUAUGCACCUUUCCUUGUUGAACUUGAAGAUUGCACAUUUGUGAGGGAAACAUUCAGCAAAAUACAUAGAGACCAUUGUCCCGGUCUGCGGCGAUACAGUGGAUGGAUCUAUAUAGGGUUGGUGAUGGUCUCCACUUCAGUUAUGCUCUCACUGAUCUUCUGGGUUAUCUAUGGGAGAGAAAGGCGUCACCGCGUGUAUACCAAAAAGUUAACAUCUGAAUCAGCCGAAGCUUUUGAAGGAGGCAAGGAGCAUUAAAUAUUAUUUCCACUGCAUUGGGACAUAUAGAAUAGACUAUGUCUUUGCAUUCGGUUUGGUUUCCAUGUGUUGUAAAAAGAACUACUUCUAUCAUGCUUUUUUACAUAGAAACCAACUUCCAGAUUUUGCAUACUUGCUUUGGCACUGAUGUGAUGAGAUUGAAUGAAACAAA